AUGUAUUUCGCUCCCGGUAAAAUGAUGCCUACUACUUCAAACGAUUCUUUGAAAUUUCUGAACCCACAACUGGCCAUGCUGAUAACUCUACUAUCAGUAGUAAUGUGCCUUAUGUUACUUAUCGUAUUGCUCUACACAAUUCGGAAACAAAUGGUUUCGAGGAAAAUCCGAAAGUUUUCGAUUCACACUAUCCACUUUGAAGAUGAUAAUAUCGAAAAAAUAUCUCUUGGUAUUCCCAACGAUUCCAUGAACAACCAUCAUUCUAUUUCCUCAUGGUUCGGAAUUGUUGUAUUCGCUUCAAUGUCCAUUAUUCUACUUUUAAUAUUUUUGAUCGUUUUCAAGGAUCAAUUGAACAUUGCAAAGUUUCACAGGUACUCUGUUCAUAUGACCCCGGAAGAAAAUGAUGCGAUUAUGGCAGUCAGAUUGCUCAGAUACCACCGAGAGCAGUUCAAUGAAGACUCCGAGAUAUCCAGCAUAUUUUUUAUUGCAUAG